GAUUAUAUACAAACCUUUUCUUCUCCGUGAAAGAUUUUGUAACAACAAGGGAAUUAGCGCUUUUCAUGUGCCCUUCGCUGUGCGAUGAAAAACAUUGUGUCCACAAUGUUUAUUUCAGAGACUUCUUAAGAAUGACUCGAGGCAUUUUCUUUGUAUUACUGCAAUGUUUACUGGGGAGAGGUGGUUACAGACCUACACCAUUCAUGUUGUGACGAAAACUGAAGAUAACUGAACUGAAAUAACGUACAAAUUUAGUCACUGAUAUUAUUAUGUAUUUAAUGUAAAACACAUGAUCUAAACGCGCCGAGAAUCAGAGGAUUAUUCGGAAACACGAAAUCCGCUAUCUAUGAAGACGAACGGGUAAAUUUGAAUACGAUUUCGUGAAUGAAUUUGAAUGAAGUUUGACAAAUGACGUUGGAGCCAGCUAACUGUCAGAGAAAUGUCCAAGCAAACGGAAGCCAAGUUGCUGGGAUUCAGCAAGGAUUUCAUCAAAAGUAUUGAAGAAAUGUGCCAUAAGAGAGACAGCCUUCACAAGGAAAUCGUGGCCACACAGAAGGAGCAGAAAAAUAUCCAGAGAGACAUUGGGGUGCUGACGGAGAAACUUUCUCAGAUCAGUCAAAGUAUGGCGAAAAGAAUGGCGGAGAGAAAUGCAUAUGACAGGACGAUACAGGAGACGGAAAUAGAAUACAAAAGGAUAAGAGAAAUCUUGCUAAAUCCCUUGGCGUACAGAGAACGACAACUUCGAGAAAAACGAGAAGAGAAAAUAAACGAGCAGGCGCAAGAGCAGGCUAAAAAGACAUGAAAUGAGUUAUGACAUUUUUUCUUCAAGUUAAAGGCAAUACCGCAAAUGAGUGUACGGAUGGUGCUAUUUGUCCUGUACUUUUUGUGAUGGCUCCAUUUCAACUGACACACAUGUUGGUGGAUAUUUACACUUGUUUAUAGAAUCAUGUCAGUUUUAAAGCUGCCGGAUAAGGCUAUGGUUGUAACUGGCAAAACAAGAGGGUUGCUGUUUUACAUUCCAAGUAUAUGUGGUAGUAGUACAUUGUAGUCACGCGCAAAAUGCAAUAUGAUUAUGUACACAUGAUGCUUAAUGUAUAAUUUUAGAUUUAUUGGUAAUAUAAUGCAAUUUUAAUUUCAGGCGAUACUUUUUUUUCACUUAUAUAAAUAUUAAACGAAUGCUACAUGUAAAACAAUGUCAUCCAGUAUGAGUGUAUUAACUUAAUUGCUUGUCAUCGUUGAAUAGUUCUUCAAUAUCUGGUGUAUGAAAAUAUUAUAUUGACAUCCACAAUACCAAAGACGAAUACGUGCAUGUACUAGUAGAAUGCAAUUAUGCCAGACAAUAAAACGUUUUUCAUAUGAUCAUUAAAAAACGAUUUC